AAUUCUGCUCCGUUACCAACCUUCAAAUACACAGACAGACAACAGUCAACAGUGUAUGUUUACUAUUUUGUUUUCUUCGUAACCUCAAUUUAAUAAGAAAUAUAUUUUUAUACACUUAAUUUCACAUUUCAGCAUGAGUAAUAUAUACAUACAAGAACCACCUACAAAUGGCAAGAUUUUACUGAAAACAUCUGUUGGUGAUAUUGAUGUGGAAUUGUGGUCUAAAGAAGCACCGAAAGCAUGCCGGAACUUCGUGCAGUUGUGUCUUGAAGGUUACUAUGAUGGGACUAUCUUUCAUAGAGUUGUCAAAGGUUUCAUCGUCCAGGGAGGAGAUCCCACAGGCACAGGCACAGGAGGGGAAUCAAUCUAUGGAGAACCAUUCAAGGAUGAGAUUCACUCCCGCCUGCGGUUCAAUAGAAGAGGGCUUGUGGCGAUGGCCAAUGCUGGGAAAGAUGACAAUGCAUCUCAGUUUUUCUUUACUUUGGCUCCCACUCCAGACCUUCAGAACAAACACACCAUCUUUGGGAAAGUCACUGGUGAGACUGUCUUCAACAUGAUAAAACUGGAAGAUACUCUUGUAGACCAAGAUGAUCGACCAUUAUAUCCACCGAAGAUUAUUGGAACAGAGGUUUUGAACAACCCAUUUCCAGAUAUUGUUCCAAGGGUAGUAAAAAAGAAAGGCCAAGAUGAAAAACCUACCAAGAAACCCAAAGUAGCAGGUGUGAAAAAUUACAAACUUCUUUCAUUCGGAGAAGAAGCAGAGGAGGAUGAGGAAGAAGUAACAGAAGUCUCCAGGAAGUUCUCUGGCAAGAGCAAGUCAACACAUGAUCUGCUCUCAGACCCUAAGUUGAGUGCCUUACCGGCCGUGCUAGAGGGUGACGUGGGCAUGUCUGGGCAUUCCAGCUCUGAUGAAAAUUCUGACCACGCAAGGGAAAGAAUGGAUAUGAUCAAGAAAAAACUAGGAAGGCAAAAGACAAAAGAAGUACCCAAUGUACAAAAGGAAGAUGAAGAGGAAGAAUACGAAUUUGGAAAAGAGAGAAGAGAAGAACUAAAGAGAAAAGCAGAAGAAUUGAAAAAAGAGUACAAAUCUUUAAAAAGAGAUCUUCAAACAAAGAGAAAAGAAUCUGAAAGAGAAACCGUUAAAGAAAAAUCCCCUCCAAAGGAAAAAGAUAGUGACAGAUUUACUCAGACGAAAUCAGAAUAUAAUGAAGAGCUUGAAGCAUAUAAAGCCAAAAAACAACAGAUUCCCAAAAAAGGAGCCUCAAGGGAAGCAAUGACUCUGUCUCUGUUGGAGAGGUUCAGGAACAAGCUGACUUCUGUGAAGCAGCAAGUGGGAGAUGAGCAGGAACCAAACCCAGAGGAAGAGGAUGAUAAAGAUGAGAGUUGGUUAGCACACAAACUCCAUUUUGAGGAUAAGUUGCCAGUUUUAGCGAAAGAUGCCAAUACAAAGGAUGAUGAAUGGUUUGAGAUCUCAGAUCCUCGGAACGCUAUCAACAAACGGAGAAGAGAGGCCAACAAAGGAUCAAACAGCAACAAGCCACUCAAGCAUGAUACUCUUGACAGAGUCAAAUGAAUCUUUUUUAAUUUACAAGCUGUUGAUGUUAUAUGUAUAUAAUGUAAAUAACAUUUAGGAUGGUAUAUAAUUAAAAUUUAUUUGUAA